AUGUCCGACUCCAAAGACCGCCACUUGGCCAACUUGUUUGAGAUUGAGCUGCAACAGAAAGCCGAUCUUGAUCCCGGCAACUACUGGGAGCUUGUCUGGUUCUUACAGCUUCCCUUGAGACUAGAUGUAGUUAUAUGCGAAUCCUUGAGGCGCGAAUUGACCAGGACACAACCCAAAAAUACCUUUUGCGGCAGUCUUGCUACUAUCAGCCCGUGGAGGAGAUCCAAGCGCCCACCAAACCCUGGCAAUCAAUUGGCCACCGCCAACGUUGCAAGAGUCAAAUUGUCUCCUAAUCACCCAACGUUCAAACCCGCAGUCAAGGCCAACCAAUAUACGGUACCUGCCAGACCUACCACUCCCAAUGAGCUUUGUGAUGCUUUGUCAGCCAUUGCAACACUUGCAUGCGACGCCGUUGGGUAUGCACCGGUCACUCUCAAUCAAUGCCGCUCACCCAAAGUGCCCAAUACUCCACCUGAGCCUGAAUCUGGCCCAGAGCCUGUCACAGAACAAGUGCCUGAGGAAGCCGCACAAUGCAAGCCAUUCCCAGAGCCAUACCCAGAGAACGGAUCUCUAUGGGUCAAAGAUACACUCAUGCAGGAGGACCUAGCAUAUUUUGUGGCUGUUGGACAUUACCUGAGAGCACCUGAGGAUGGCUAUACCAUACAAGAUGCUGCCGGGGACUUAUACGUGCUGGAGUACGUGGCCCAUGAGUUCUAUUCCUCCCUUUUUCACGCAUUCUCGGUUGAGGGAAAUGGGGAAUCCAAGCGGAUUUCACUUCUUCCGCCCCUUGCAACAACCGUAAUAGAUCUUGUACGUGGUUGGUUGGUUGUACCAAAGUCUUGGAAGGAAUCUAGCAAGCUGUUGCCCAAUCAUUGA